GACCAGCUGGGGCACCUGGCCAAGUGCGGCGAGGCCCCUCUGCCCCUCGGCUUCGCGCCCGACAAGGAGAACGGGAAACCAGGGCCUGCUGGACGGUGGUUGCCCCAUGCCAUGCGCCCUCGGUGGAUGGCAGGGAUUGGCGCGCGGGCGGGCCAGCCGUUGCUGCGCAGGAGCGACGGCGCGACGAACGCCUUCGCCUACCGCUUGAAGACCGAGCUGGAAGGGGACAUUCGCGAGAGGCAGGUGACGGACCCCGAGCCCGAGGCGAGGGGCAUCGCCUUCGCCACGCGCGUCACGAGCAUCAGACGCGCCGCGCCCACGGCGGCACGGGACGCUGCUGAUGAGCGCCUGGCCGUGCGCAGCGGCAGCGAGGGGCCCAUGGGCGGCGCGUCGGAGCCUGUGCUUUUCAUGCGCAACUACCGCCGCGCCGCCUGGGCGCGGGCUGACUUCGAGCGCUGCCAGCGCAGCAGCGACGCCACCAUCAUGGUCGGGCGCUUCACGGCCGUGGACGCACGCAUGGGCACCUUCGUGAACGACAUUGCCAAGGCGCUGCUGAUCCCCAACACAGCUUGUACCCCGGCGGCCUGGCCCCCCCUGGCCACUGACCCCUACCUCGACCUGGCUCGGGCGGCGAGAGGCCACGCGCAGAACCAGAUGCAGGACGUCGCCCCCGCCCUGAGGUCGAGGCAGCUCGCCCCCCCGACGGCGGAGUCGCUUGUGGCGUCGGCACGCCCAUGGGGCAUCCUAGCGCGCGCGCUCAUCAUCGAGGACCCCAGCCCCGUUGCCACGGGCACGCUGGACGGGGGGACGGGGUUCGCCGACCAGGCCCAGAACCUCCGCUGCCGCGCCGCCAGGCUGAAGGACGUGUCCAGGAAGGCCAAGGACAAGGUCGCCGAGGUGGCCAUCUACGUGGGGGCCGACGUGGCCCCACAGGAGCUCUGCCCCUUGGCCCCCCCCGCGAUGGCGGUCUUCGCUGCCAUGGCGGAGUCGAGGGCCACCCAGGGGGUGGGCAAGAUCAACCGCGUUGCCCUGGAAGUCAAGGCGCCCCUGGCCAAUGACCUCUGCCUCGACCUGGCCCUGGCGGUGGGAGGCUACGCGGAGAACCGAAAGAUGCAGGAUGCCGUCUCCGCCCCGACGCGCACGAUAAUCCUAGAGGAUCCCAUUCCCGUGGUCAAGGGCAUGCAGGUCGAGGGGUUGGCGCCCGCCGACCAGGCCCAGCACCCCCGCAGCCGCGCCCCCAGGCUGAAGGAAGAACCCAAUAAGGCCAAGGACAAGGCCGCCGUGGUGGCGAUCAACAAGGAGGUGGUGGGCAAGAUCAACCGAAUCGACGUGGAAGAGUGGGCCAACGAGAGGGUGGGCAACACGCCCGUGAAGUUGUGCAGGCCCGAGAAUUGCGACAACGAUGGCCAGGUCAAGAUCGCCCUCUCCGUUGCCUACCAGGAGAGGGAGGAGAUCUGCGUGGAUUCGUUCAG